UUUUGAAUUUAAGUCCCCCAUAAACAAGCUAUAUACUUACCUGUUUCUUGGCAACUUCGCUUUUCUUUCUGUUAUAUAUACUUGGAUUAUUUAUUCCCCAAACCACCAUAGUCCUUAAAAAAUGGGUUCUGAAAAGGUGUCAAGAACCAGGACUCAUCAACCUUGUGCUGCUUGUAAGAUGCUACGUCGGAGAUGUGACAACAAUUGCAUACUUGCACCAUAUUUUCCAAUCGAUGAGAUAGAAAACUUUGCCUGUGUGCAUAGAGUUUUUGGAGCUAGCAAUGUCAUUAAAAUGAUUCAGAUGGCUGAGGAGACGAAGAGGGAGGAUGCUGUCAAAGCAAUAGUUUAUGAAGCAACAGCAAGGCUCAGAGACCCUGUUUAUGGCAGUGCUGGGACUACUUUUCACUUGCAUAAGAUGGUUCAGGAUCUGAAAUUUGAGUUGGAAUCAAUACAAAGUCGAGUUAUGGCGUUGCAAGAACAAAGAAAUCAGUUAUUGGGUAUUGUCAUGAAUGUUCAUCACCAGGAUCCUGUCUACCCCAUAAAUGACUCCAUGUUUGAUUGUGGGGAUUUCUCAUUAGAUGAUGGAUCUCUAGCCUAUGAUCCUGUUAACUUUUCUAUGGAGUGUGACUGGAUUUUGUAAGGAGAUUCUGAUUCUCCCC